CCUCCGAGCCCACACCCACAUCCUCAUCCUCUUCGCCAACGCAGAUCUCGUGCUGACCGCUGCUCUUGUCGCAAUGCACAGAAAUCUCUUGCAACGCCUCUGAUAACACCAAUGUCAACCGAGACAAGAUGCCCCCUCAAGAUGCGCCCGCCGUCCGCUUUGCUUCUUCCGUCCAAGAGAUCGCCCCAACCGUCACCACGACAUCACCGACAGAUACCCAGUCUCCCACCGACGCCGCUACCGGAGCGUCCUUGGCCGAAGUUACGCCUGACGAGCUGAGAGCCCUAUCCAAAUCCCUCCAAGGUGCACCGUUGCAGCAGCGCCGGAUGAAUGUCUUCGGCUUCGAACCAUACUCGCUACCUGCAUCUCGCGUUUGCUCGCGAGAGGACGAGUCCGAUAACAACAGCAGAUUACCAACCCCGAACUCCAGCGGGCCAAGAUCGCCGCGUUUUGGUCCGUCACAUCCAAUGCAGUCACCUCCUUUGACACCGGCGGGGACUGAUCCUUCAGAUCCGGCAGCAAAGAAGAACGAGGAUCAGGAUGGGGACAGGAAAGCUUCCUCAAGCGAGCCCUCCGUCAUCACUCCUCAAGCAUCGUCCUCCCGUGAUUCACCACCAUCGUCGGCAAGAAAGUCCAUGCCUAUCCGAGGCAAAUCGAGCGAGGAAGUCGCUACACGGUCAGCGUCUGCCGAGGAACGAGAAUAUGACACGAGGUCCCACAGGAAGGGCAUGUUUUCUAUCGGCGCAGGAGGAUCCGUUCCUGUCUCGCGAGAGUCCAGCCCGUCUCGAGCUUCUCUGUAUUACUCCAAGCCGAUGACGCCCGGUGGGGACGCCAACGAUCCUUACGCCGCCCACAAACGCCAACCGCCGCCGUCGAAUCCGCAGCGGGGCCAGAUUGACUCGAGAUUUGUAUUCUCGCGUAGGAAGAACAAGCAUGGGUCGCCGUCUGGUUCUACGUCGAGCUUGGGCCGAGCAAGCGACAAACGACACUCGGGCCUUCUGGGUGGCCUGAAGGGCCAUGGCGAUGAACUGCAGGUGCCUCACGACGAUUCAGCUAGUAUCUCAAGCAGGCAAAGCUCAUUUGCGGACCUCAAGCGGUUCUUCAAAGUCGGUGGGCAUAACAAGAUGAAGAGGGAAGCUUCGCCCUCCUCUGUGAGGUCUGGUGCUAGAACCCCUCCUACGAGAGGGUCGCAACACCAGCUUCCCUUUGGGGAUGACCAUGGUCUUUCUUCCAAGUAUGGAAAGCUCGGCAGGGUGCUCGGGUCAGGUGCUGGAGGCUCUGUUAGGCUGAUGAAGCGAAGUGACGAUGGCGUUGUCUUCGCUGUCAAGGAGUUCCGGCCGAGACAUUCAUACGAAACCGAAAAGGAAUAUGUCAAGAAAUUGACGGCCGAAUUCUGCGUUGGAUCGACUCUGCACCAUGGCAACGUCAUCGAGACGUUGGACAUCCUCCAGGAGAAGGGCAAGUGGUACGAGGUCAUGGAAUACGCUCCGUAUGACCUUUUUGCCUGUGUCAUGACGGGCAAAAUGACGCGUGAAGAAGUCGGUUGCUGUUUCUUGCAAAUCCUCAACGGCGUGACAUAUCUCCACAGCAUGGGCCUUGCGCAUAGGGACUUGAAACUCGACAAUGUCGUGGUUAGUGAGCACGGUAUCAUGAAGAUUAUCGACUUUGGUAGCGCUCAUGUCUUCAAAUACCCCUUUGAGAACGACAUUGUGCUCGCCUCGGGUAUCGUGGGAUCCGAUCCAUACCUGGCACCCGAGGUUUAUGACGAGCGAAAGUACGACCCCCAGGCGGUCGACAUCUGGUCGCUUGCCAUCAUCUUUUGCUGUAUGACCUUGCGAAGAUUCCCCUGGAAGGUCCCUCGCAUGACCGACAACUCAUUCAAGCUCUUCGCGGCGGAGCCGACACCGGGUCACGACCCCAAGAAGCUCAUCACGCUUUCUAAGUCGACCAACGAUCUCGAAAACACUCCGCAUCGAGAUUACUUCGAGGAAGGCAAGCAUCAAGCUCGUAAGCAGGAGCACAAGGAAGCUGAAGGUCGGGCAUCGCAAGGAAGCUCAGCACAAGCAUCAACUCGUGCCGAUGGGCAGCAAACGGAAAAGAAAGAGGUCAUACGGGGCCCUUGGCGAAUUUUGCGCCUGCUUCCUCGCGAAUCUCGGCACAUCAUCGGACGCAUGCUUGAGAUCAAGGUUAAGGAGCGCGCAACGAUGCAGGAAAUAUUGGAUGAGCCAUGGGUUGCGAAUACGGUCAUCUGUCAGCAGCCAGAGCCUGGUCGUGUGAUCCGCGCCGAGGACCACGUCCACACCCUUGAGCCACCUCAACCACCCAAGUAGGUCUUUGAUGGCUACGUGGGAUAAGAACUUUAGAUUGCAUGUUAAAUGGCGUUCCGGUUGUCAAGGGACUAGGGGUGGGAAUAGCUGGGACGGAAGGGGGAUGCGGCGGAUUAUCAUGAUACGAGCGUCUGGCACUGAGAAAAACAGCGACGCCGCUCCCUUUUUUUCUUUUUUUUUCUUUUUCUUUUGAGCGAUACAGGAGUCUCCUUCGAGAUAUGUAGAUGCCACACUGUCGGCUCAAAAUAGGUUGUAUCAGGCGAUUGAAGACUAGGUAGAAAGGUAGAUAAUGUCAUUCGGUACAAAUCGCACGCCCUGCGUCACCUUAACUCGAAAUUGACUAGGACAGACGCAACGAGAACCGAGGAAGAAUAAAGUACGAGAAUAUGCUCACGCCUCUUGUUCGUCAAGCGAAUGCCGUGUUAUGGGAUCAGUAUUCGACAUCGACCGGACGGGUGAAG